CUUAUAUAUAACCUACACACACACACACAUACACACACUUGUUUGAACCAUUGAAGCUGUCUGGACGAGACAGAUGGCCACUGUCACAGGAUGUUGAUGGGACUUCACUAACAGCAUAAUUAACAGAAAACAUGGAAGGAAAUACAACAUAUCCCCUGCUCCCUGGCAAUCACAGCCACACCAACAUCACUUGUUCCCGUGACAAUGUUUUGAAGACGGUGGUUUUCCCUGUUCUCUACUCCUGCCUCUUCCUGUUGGGACUUUCACUCAACGGCGUGGCUGUGUGCGUGUUUUUUCGCAUCCCAUCGAAGUCUCACUUCAUAAUAUACCUGAAGAAUAUUGUGGUUGCAGAUGUCAUCAUGACCUUCACUUUCCCUUUCAAGGUGUUGUCAGACUCCAACAUGGCUUCCACUGGGCUGCGUAUAUUCGUGUGUCGAGUCUCCUCGGUGCUCUUCUACCUUACCAUGUAUAUCAGCAUCCUCUUCUUUGGCCUCAUCAGCAUAGAUCGCUGCAGAAAGACCCUCAAGCCCUUCAGGGGGACUAAUGCGGCCCGUUUGGCCCGUCGCAAAGUCCUUUCAGGAGCCAUAUGGACCUUUCUGCUGGUUCUCUGUCUACCCAAUGUGAUCCUGACACGUAAGACCCCAACGUCUUCCUACUUCAAGUGCAGUGACCUGAAGACAGCAGCUGGGCUGUACUGGCACGAGGUGGUGAAUCACGUCUGUCAAGUUAUUUUCUGGGGCAACCUGGUGACUGUGAUCGUAUGCUACACUCUAAUCACCAAAGAGCUGUACAGAUCCUACUCCCGCACUAAGGCCCGCAGCAGUGGAGGGACUAUAGGUCAAGUACCAAGUGGGGCCUCAACUCGGAAACCCCACCAGGCCCAAAGAAAAAUUAAUGCUAACGUGUUCCUGGUUCUGGCUGUGUUCUUUGUGUGCUUUGUGCCCUUUCACUUUGCCCGUGUGCCGUACACCAUGAGCCAGACCAGAGGGGUUCUCUUUGAUUGUAAACUCAAACUCUUCUUUUUUCAGCUGAAGGAAAGUACGCUCUUCCUCUCAUCCUUAAACUCUCUUCUGGACCCUCUCAUCUACUUCUUCCUCUGUAAGUCCUUCAGAACCACUCUGUUCAAGACCCUGCAGCUGCCUCCUGGUUCCUGUAGCCGGCUAACAGGGAGAGGUUCAGACACGGAUACAGGCAGCACCGCUCUGAGAGACUCUUCUGUCUGUGCAUAAAACCACUGAACAUGAUGAAGAAGUAUAAAGAUACAAUGAUACUUUCAUU